AUGAAGGAAGCCGAAUGCGCGCUUGACCGGAGCGACGAUGUGAAGUUUUUGAAAAACGCUAAGCCUCCCUAUCACAGCAACAUCACCUACUACUGCUCACCCAUCUACGGCCAGUUCAACUCCCUGAGAGUACUCGAGUGGGUGGUAUACCACCAGCAGGGCCACAGCCACUGUGUAAACCUGCUCUCUCUCCCCUCUUUUUGCCCUGCUCCCACCCAGCCCUCAGCCCCCUACCCCAGCAACAUCACCUACUGCUCCUCGCCCAUCUACGGCCAGUUCAACUCAACUACUUCAGAGUGCUCGACCCCUUACGCGAGUAACAUCACCUACUGCUCCUCACCUAUAUAUGGCCAAUUCAACUCUUUGAGGGUCCUCGAGUGGGUGGUAUACCACCAGCGGGGCCACGGGGUGGAUCUGUUCCACAUGUACGAUGCGGGCGGCAUGGGCGAGCCUAUAAUGCGGACGCUGGGUCCUUUUAUAAAGGCGGGGCAGAUGACUGUAACGGACGUGACUGAAGUGGACGAAUUCGAGACAUGGCUCAGAGUGUUCGAGUGGGUGGUAUACCACCAGCACGGCCACGGGGUGGAUCUGUUCCACAUGUACGAUGCAGGCGGCAUGGGCGAGCCUAUAAUGCGGACGCUGGGUCCCUUUAUAAAGGAGGGACAGAUGACUGUAACGGAUGUGACUGAAGUGGACGAAUUCGAGACGUGGUUUGGGCAGGUGAGGGGAAGUGGGCAGAUGAGAGGGAAUAGGCAGGCGAGGAGGAAGGGGCAGGUGAGAAGGAAGGGGCAGGUGAGAAGGAAAGGGCAGGUGAGAAGGAACGGGCAGGUGAGAAGGAACGGGCAGGUGAGAAGGAAAGGGCAGGUGAGAAGGAAGGGGCAGGUGAGAAGGAACGGGCAGGUGAGACGGAACGGGCAGGUGAGAAGGAACGGGCAGGUGAGACGGAACGGGCAGGUGAGACGGAACGGGCAGGUGAGAAGGAACGGGCAGGUGAGACGGAACGGGCAGGUGAGAAGGAACGGGCAGGUGAGACGGAACGGGCAGGUGAGACGGAACGGGCAGGUGAGAAGGAACGGGCAGGUGAGACGGAACGGGCAGGUGAGAAGGAACGGGCAGGUGAGACGGAACGGGCAGGUGAGACGGAACGGGCAGGUGAGAAGGAACGGGCAGGUGAGACGGAACGGGCAGGUGAGAAGGAACGGGCAGGUGAGACGGAACGGGCAGGUGAGACGGAACGGGCAGGUGAGAAGGAAUGGGCAGGUGCUAGUGGUCAACGACUGUGCCUACCGCUCUCUCUUCACCUCUCGAUGGGUGCUCUUUCUCGACCUGGACGAGUACCUCUAUGUCUCCCAGCCACUGGGCUCGUCCCUCAUCACCGCACUCACUCGCUACGAGGUCAGUCAGUGUGCUUCCUAUCAACUCGCUCGCUCGCUCUUCACCUCCCGCUGGGUCCUCUUCCUGGCCUUGGACGAGUACCUCUACGUCUCCCAACCGUUGGGCUCUUCCCUCAUCACAGCACUCGCACGCUAUGAGGUGACUCCAAUCUCCUCCCUCCGAAUCUUUGCCUCCUGCUCUCGCUGUGCCCUCUUUCUCGACUUUGACGAGUACCUCUACGCCUCGCAGCCUCUCGGAUCUUCCCUCAUCACCGCACUCAAUCGCUACGAGGUAAGUCUGAUGUGCGUCCACUUAGCGUUUGCCAUUACCUCUCGACGGGUGCUCUUCCUGGGCUUUGACGAGUACCUCUAUGUCUCACAGCCGUUUGGCUCUUCUCUCAUCACCGCACUCUCUCGCUAUGACUCGAGUACCUCUAUGGUUCUUCUCUCAUCACUGCACUCACUCGCUGUUCUUCCUUUGACUCUUACCGCUCGCUCCUGCUGGGUGCUCUUCCCUGACUUUGAUGAGUACCUCUUUGUGUCACAACCGCUAGGGUCAUACCUCAUUACUGCACUCACUCUCUAUGAGUCUUCUCUUCUGCGGCCUUUCUUCUCCUCCCUUUUCUCACUUGCUCCCUCCCUUCCCCGUGCAUACGUGUCAUUCGGCAGAAGCAGCCUACGUCUCCUUUGGCAGUCUUUACUUUUACACCGACAAGUGCUCGCACUCCAUGAACGUGUCUGCCUCAUCCCCACCCCGCUGGGAGGUGGAGAGGAUGAUAUUCCGCCAGACGGACUGCUUCUUCAAGGAGAAAAUCUGGCGCUCUCCGUCCGGAUUGUCUGCUGCCGCUGCUCAAUCUUUGUUUUCUGUGUCCUCUCGUAUCCACCCUCCCUUUCCAUGCAGCAAGCAGCCUACGUGUCAUUCGGCAGUCUCUACUUUUACACGGACAAGUGCUCGCACUCAAUGAACGUCUCUGCCUCGUCGCCCCCCCGCUGGGAGGUGGAGAGGAUGAUUUUCCGCCAGGCAGACGUGCACUGUGUGGCGCCCAAGCGUUAUGAGUCGCGCGAUAUGUGCCUGGGGUUUGAUGGGCACAGGAAGUACAUCGCUGAUCCAAGAAAGGUCAAGCUGUUCGGGGUGAGUGAGACAACAGGGUCCUGUCGGGGGUGUCUAUCUGGCAGAAGGGGUGUCUAUCUGGCAGAAGGGGUGUCUAUCUGGCAGAAGGGGUGUCUAUCUGGCAGAAGGGGUGUCUAUCUGGCAGAAGGGGUGUCUAUCUGGCAGAAGGGGUGUCUAUCUGGCAGAAGGGGUGUCUAUCUGGCAGAAGGGGUGUCUAUCUGGCAGAAGGGGUGUCUAUCUGGCAGAAGGGGUGUCUAUCUGGCAGAAGGGGUGUCUAUCUGGCAGAAGGGGUGUCUAUCUGGCAGGGAGGUGUGGGGGGUGUGUAUUUACGAGGGAGGCAGGUGGGAGGUGGAGAGGAUGAUAUUCCGCCAGGCCGACGUGCACUGUGUGGCGCCCAAGCGCUACGAGUCGAGAAACCUGUGCCUGGGCUUCGAUGGGCAUCGGAAAUACAUUGUGGAUUUAAGAAGGGUCAAGCUGUUUGGGGUGAGUCAACAGGGGUUGCUUUGGGGCUCUCUGGGAGGGAGGCGGCUGAGGACAGGUGAUUAUUUCGCCAGGCCGACGUGCACUGUGUGGCGCUCAAAUGCUACGAACCCGAGACCUGUGCCUGGAUUUCGAUGGGCAUCGCAAGUACGUGGGGCUGACCCGAGAAAGGUCAAGCUGUUUGGGAUGAGUGGGUCGACUGGGGUGGUGUUUGGGGUGCUAUAUGCGCUUGUUCUUGGGGCUUGA